GUAAAUGGACUAGACCACUGAACUCCGAUUUUCAUUCUUAGUGCUAGCUCAAAAAAAAAAUACAAAGCUCUUCAUUUAAAAUGUCAUUGCAUCGAUUCUUCAGACCAAACCUUGUAUCGCGCCUGAAUGUGCAACCACGAGUUUCCGUAAGCCCAUCGUUAUUUCAGCGUUCUCGUUAUGCAACCAGACAACGACCAGCACCACCACCACCGGGCCAAACCAGAACUAUACACAUUCACCCCUUACCCUUAGCACUUAUGGGCUUUGCUGUAGUAUGUCUUGGAGUUGGACUUUAUAACCAUUUCACUUCCGAUGUUCAAAAGUAUCCAGCCAAUAUUCGUCAGUCUCUUCGAAAGGCGCUUUAUUAUCAGCAAGACAAAGAUCUAAAUCUGGCACUAAAGUACUUUGAUGAAGCACUCACUCAAGCACUUGAAUCACCAGAACUAGAAAAGAAUGGCGCACCUUUAACUGGUAUUAUGAUACAGCUUGGCACGCUUCAAGAACGUAUGGGCAAGCUAGCGGACGCUCGACGCACCUUGACACUUGCUCUACGCCACCUGUUGGGGUUGGAAAAUGAUGCGUCGAAGAAGCUACCCAGUGACGCUGUUUUUGAAGUCGAUCUGAAUAGCCUCCCUUCAAUUGAGCAAAGGAAGGCAGUAGGUAUUGCCCAAAAACUAGGAGACAUCACGUCGGCUAUGAAAAUGGAUCAAGAGGCAGAAAAGUGGUAUACAUGGUCAGUAGAGCACUUGCUCACAGUAUCUUCAAAGCCAGUCUCAGAGUAUGGCGAUACGAAUCAAGUCAUCUUUGAUGCAGAACAUAUGCCUUCUUGGUUGACCAAGACCGACGUUGGUGCUGCUCUUGAAGCACUGGGAACCUUUUACGCGUCAAGAAAUAAACCAAGUUUGGCGAUCCAUCUCUAUAUGCGAGCGCUCACUUUAAGUGGAUUGCAUUCUUGCCAGUCAGCGGUUUUAAUGAAUAAUCUAGCAGAGGCUUAUGCCAGCAUGGGUCAAUAUGAAGAAGCCAAAGUAUGGGGACAGAAAGGUUUAGAUAUCGCACAGAAUCCAAAUACAAAAAAGUUAGAAAAAGAUGGCAAGGUAUGUGAUUACACAUGUGGUGCCCUACUCUUCAAUAUGGGCAUGCUUUUUGAGCAAACCAAAGACAAGGCAAAAGCUAUUCACUUUUAUAACAGUGCCCGUAACCAUGGACGUGAACAUAAACAGGCAGAAUGCAUAUUAGAAGCAGAUCGCGCAAUAAGACGCAUCGAAUUUGAGUCACAACGAGACAAUACUUCGCUAUAGACGAGCUGUAAUCAAAGUCUACGUAUACAACUAAAUAGCCUUGUUUACACCAAAACAAAAUGUACUUUUAGUCAUACACAUUUGACACCUAAAUGGCAUCUUUAGGAAAAGAUAUUCACACAUCUUGCUCGAGACUUUUAAAAAAAAAUAAAAAGAAAUUUAUUUUUG